AUGUCUACUUCUACAUCUUUUUCAAACCGCUCCACGUUGGCUGAAAACUGGGAUACUGAGACCCUCAUUAAUUUUUUACGCGAUCUGAACAUAAAUCUCGAUGAGGACGAUUUCAAGAUCCUUCGUAAAGAGAAAAUAGAUGGUCAGAUCUUCCCAGACAUGACAGAAAGAAAGUUCAUGAAGGAUGGUAUGAAGUGGGGACCUGCUAUGAAGCUUGAAAAACAAGCUAAGAUAUUUAGAGAGAAAUCAAGAGUCUCUGAAAAAGGCAAAAUCGAAUACUUUUGGCUCUUUCCGUGUGGAGUAUGGUCUCUUCAGCAUUUCAUAUCCUGGUCAACCAAUAUGUUUGGGCUUACCGAAAGAAAUGAGGCACAUACAGUAUUUUACAAUACCUUAUAUAUUUUCCGUGAUGAUCCGAUGGCCUCGCAGGAGAUUCACGAAGUUGUUAGAAAUCUCUUACUUAAGAAGAAGGUUAGUGGAAAAAAAGGUCGCAAACCUUUAGCUGAUACUUCUAACCUGCAAGAAGAGAUAAUAGAGAAGCCGGUCUCCUCAAAGUCAGAUUCAUUAGUUUCUUCCACCCCUAUCGCUAAAAAACGAAGUAUUAGCAAAGUUUUGGAUGCUUCUGCAGAUAUCCCAUUACGGGAUGAUAAAUCUAUAGACAUUUUGGAGAUUUUAAAGACCGCAGUACGUGAUUUCGACCAAGGUAUAAUAGCACUAGGAUCCUCCCGCUCAUACAAAAGCUCCAAUCAUUUGUAUGUAAAUUCUGAACAUUAUAUCAAAGUUCCAAGAGAAAGUACAUACGAUGCAGAGAUGUACCGGGUCCUAGUGAAUUGGUUAAGAAAGAUCCAUGGAUAUGAGAUCACUGGUCAGUGGCACCUCGAACAAGUUUGUGAUGAUGGGGACUACUAUCACCUCUAUUGCGACCUAACCAUAAAGAAGCCUGAAAAUCCCCAUCUGGAAGCUCUUCUUGAACUGUUAGCGACGGCUUCAAUUUCAAAAUUGGAUGGGCAUUUUGAGCAAGUGUUUAAGUAUAAAGAGCAACUCCAUCCCCGAGAGAUCUGGAUUGUACACUUCUCCCGUGAAGAUUAUGUUGUAACUAAUCCGUAUUGGCCAUCUGAGAAGCUUCAAGAGAAGGGAUUAAAUGUCGUCCAUUUUUGGCAUGACAGGGACUUUAAAAAUGUUCGGAUGAGCGCUAGGUUUCGGGAUACUACUGACCAGUACUGCGAAAUUAUAGAUGAGAUAAUUCUUUAG